AUGCGCGACCACGCGUCUGUCUUCGGCACGCUGGACGACGACGGCCUCUCUCCUGUCGCCCUCCAGGCUUUCGACGCCGUGCCGUCCGACGCUCGACAUGCUCCCGCGUCGAGCACAUACGGCUCUCCACGGCACCGGCCGCGCUUUUCGCACAGUGCAUCGCUGGGCGACUCGAUACCGCCCUCCCCCAUCCUCACCGACGUCGGCUCAUCGCCCGCCCUGCCCGUACUCUCGCCGCACGCAACCGCAAGCUCGAAACGGCUUACGCUUAGGCGAACGAAACGCAGCCGCUUCACGCUGCCGCAGUUCGUAGAGACACAGGCGUUCUGGCUCGUCCUGUACUUCGCGUUCAACCUAGGCCUCACGCUCUACAACAAGCUAGUCCUCGUCCACUUCCCCUUCCCAUAUACGCUCACCGCACUGCACGCGUUGUGCGGAACACUCGGAGGCCUUGUCUUGCGGCGGAGGGGCGCGUAUGUGCCUGCGCAGCUGAGCGCGAGAUCGACCGCAGUGCUGGCGGCGUUUGGCGUGCUGUAUGCGGUCAACAUCGCUGUGAGCAAUGUGUCGCUGCAGAUGGUAACCAUACCGUUUCACCAAGUCGUCCGCGCUGCAACGCCCAUCUUCACGACCGCCCUCUCCAUCGUCCUAUUCAACACCCAGUUCACCCGCCUCAAGAUCCUAUCCCUCAUCCCUGUCAUGGCCGGCGUGGCCCUCGCUACCUACGGCGACUACUACUUCACGUUCUUCGGCCUCCUCCUCACACUCCUCGGUACUUUCCUCGCCGCGCUCAAGACCAUCUAUACCAACGUUCUCCAGUCAUCUCCGAAAGCGCAGCGCGGCGCGCGUCCGACUUUCCUCCCUGUGCCCCCGCGGCUCGCACUCCAUCCGCUCGAUCUCCUCACACGCACGUCGCCCCUCGCCUGCGCGCUAUGUCUGUUCUACGCGUACGCCUCCGGCGAGCUCGCGCAGGCACGCACAUCCCUCGCGCCGCACUCCGUCGCGGGUGCCAGCCGCGUCCUGGUCAUCCUGGGGAACGGCGUCAUCGCUUUCGGGCUGAACGUGGUCAGCCUGAGCGCGAACAAGAAGGUCGGGGCGCUGAACAUGACCGUCGCUGCGAAUGUGAAGCAGGCGUUGACGAUACUGUGUGCGGUGGGCAUCUUCCAUCUGACGAUCACCCCUGCGAAUGCGCUUGGGAUAUGCGUCACGCUCGCAGGCGGUGCGUGGUACGCGUGGGUGGAGUAUACCGCGAAGCAUCGCAGCCUGACAUAG